UCUUCUGGGCCUUCCUCAGGGCCUCGGGGCCACCCACCUGGAGACGACCUUUGAAAGCCGCAGCGCUGGCCGCGGGCUCUCACGCACGGCGUCCUGAGGGAGAGGUUGAGGCCCGGUGGAGAAGCAAUGGCGUCGGCAGGGGAGCCUAGGGGCCUGCGGCCCGGCCUCAACUGCCCGCCCGCGGGGUUGGGCCGGCAGGGCCGGAAGGACGACUUCGGUGAGAAAAUGUCCUCCAAUAAUGGCUGGUUUCAGAAGAGCUCCCAGGUCCCUAGCUUUGCUCAGAUGCUGAAAAAGAACCUGCCGGUUCAGCCACCCGCCCAGAUGGUCACCACACCCGCAGCGCAGUCCUCGGAAAGUGACAGCCUGUCCCGCAUGGCAUCCAAGGUCACACCAGUGACGGGUAAUUUUCCAGAACCAUUGCUUUCCAAAGGUCUUUCAUCUAUUUCAAAUCCCGUCCUUCCUCCAAAAAAAAUACCUAAGGAGUUUAUAAUGAAAUACAAACGUGGAGAGAUCAACCCUGUGUCAGCCUUGCACCAGUUUGCACAAAUGCAGCGGGUUCAACUUGACCUUAAGGAAACAGUAACAACAGGUAACGUUUUGGGACCAUAUUUUGCUUUUUGUGCUGUGGUGGACGGUAUCCAGUACAAGACUGGACUGGGACAAAAUAAAAAGGAGUCUAGAUCCAAUGCAGCAAAAUUAGCUCUUGAUGAACUUCUACAGCUGGAUGAACCUGAGCCAAGAAAUUUUGAAACAUCAGGUCCUCCUCCUAUCCCUGCAGAACCUGCUGCUUCACCUGAACCAGCAUAUGUUUCAAAGGUGCAUUAUGAAAGGAGACACAUGCAAUAUGCAAAGAUUUCUCAUAUUGUUAAAGAAACAUUUAAUCAACUAAUUUCUAGUCAUUCAGAAUAUGUGAAAUGUAGCAAUUCAUUGGCUGCCUUUGUAAUCGAAAGAGCUGGACGGUACGAAGUUGUGGCUCUCGGCACAGGCGAGUAUAACUACAGCCAGUGCAUUAAGCCAGAUGGAAGAGUGUUGCAUGACACGCAUGCUGUUGUUACGGCAAGAAGGUCUCUCCUUAGGUACUUUUAUAGACAACUUUUACUCUUCUACAGCAAAAAUCCUGCUAUGAUGGAAAAAUCAAUUUUUUGUACAGAACCAGCUUCGAAUUUACUCACUGUCAAACAGAAUAUCAAUGUUUACCUCUAUAUGAACCAAUUGCCUAAAGGGUCAGCCCAGAUUAAGUCACAGUUGCGUCUUAAUCCACAUUCAAUAUCUGCAUUUGAAGCCAAUGAAGAACUGAGUCUCCAUGUUGCUGUUGAAGGCAAAAUUUAUCUGACUGUCUACUGUCCUGCAGAUGUUGCCAAUAGAGUAAGCAGUAUGUCCUCAAGUGACAAACUGAUGAAAUGGGAAGUGCUUGGUGUACAGGGGGCACUGCUGAGUCACUUCAUACAGCCAGUUUAUAUCAGUGGCAUAGUUGUCGGUGAUGGGAAUUGCAGUGAUACUAGAGGCUUAGAAAUUGCUAUCAAACAACGUGUUGAUGACGCACUCACUUCAAAACUUCCCAUGUUUUACUUGGUUAACCGACCUCACAUUAGCUUAGUGCCCUCUGCAUUUCUGCUUCAAACGGACGUGGACUAUAGGUCCUUGAGUCUGAACUGGGCACAAGGGGACAUUUCACUGGAGAUUGUGGAUGGCCAAAGUGGGAAGAUCACUGAAAGUUCUCCAUUUAAAAGUGGUGUGUCGAUGGCAAGUCGGCUGUGUAAGGCUGCAAUGCUAAGUCGAUUUAACCUGCUUGCUGGUGAAGCUAAGAAAGAGGAUGUACUUGAAGCUAGUACAUAUCAUGCAGCUAAGUGUUUGUCUGGAUCCUAUCAAGAAGCUAAAACUUUGUUGAAAUCCUACUUACAGCAGCAUGGCUAUGGCGCCUGGAUUGUGAAAUCUCCCUGUAUAGAGCAAUUUAGUAUGUGAAUUAGGCAAUCCAUUGUCACAUUAAAAAUCUUUUCUUUUU